AAUGAAUGGGUUGCAAUCAUUGAUUUUGUUAUUACUCUCGUACUGUUCAUGCAGAACAAUUGAAGCACCAAAAACUCAACCGGCUCUUUUGAUUGUUUCGUACGAUGGGUUCAAACAAGAUUAUUUGAAUUGGAAUAUUACGCCAAAUCUUGAACAGUUCCGUGAAAUGGGCACGUCGGCGGAGUUCUUGAAGCCCGUUUUUCCCACAACAACUAUGGUUAACCACUUUUCAAUUGCAACAGGUCUUUAUCCUGAAAACCAUAGCGUGCUUGGGAAAGCAAACUAUGAUUCGAAACUUCAUAGACAACUGAAAUACAGCUAUGAAUUAUUCCAUUAUGAUGAAAGUAUUGUACCGAUUUGGACAGCAAACGAGCUGGCUGGCGGGCAUUCAGGAUGUAUGAUGUGGAGUGGAAGCAAUUUCGAGUUCAAAGGCAAAAAUUGUACAUUCACGAUGAAAUUAGACAAAAGUGUAUCGUUCAAGGAACGCGUUGAUAUAGUAAUGGGAUGGUUCACACACAAAGAAACGCCAGCAAAUCUGGUUAUGAUGUAUAUUGAGCAACCCGAUAGUGAUGCACACAAAUUCGGACCAGACUCGCUUCAAGCAAUGGAGAAAGUGUCCGAAGUUGACAAUCUCGCGGGAUACAUCCAGCGGAAGUUGGUUGAGUAUCAGCUGGAAAAUCGCAUCAAUGUCAUACAUUUGUCAGAUCACGGAAUGGUGGGAGUAGGGAAAUCCAACAUAAUCGACCUAACGCAAUUCUUAAAAAAUGGAACAUAUCAAAUGUAUGGCUCUUCACCUGUGUUUCAAGUUGUACCAAUAGAUCACGAUGUCGAGCAGGAAAUAUUCACAGACUUAACAAAAGCGGCUCAACAAAAUGGUCAUUUCAAAGUAUACAAUCAAGAGAAUCUUCCGACUCGUUGGCAUGCAAACAACGCGAGGCGCAUGGGGCCAAUUAUUGCCGUGGCUGAUAUCAAUUAUGGGUUUCACGAUCUUUAUCGAUAUCCGAAUACAACUGUUCACGGUGUCCACGGUUAUGAUAACGCUGAACCUGCGAUGAAUGCAUUUUUCAUGGCGAAAGGACCUCUGAUCGCUAGUGGAAAAAGGUUAAGCACGGUCAACAACAUUGAUUUGUAUAAUUUAUUUUGCUUGAUUCUGACAAUAGAAUGCCGCCAAAAUGACGGGUCAAACAACCCAAGCAUUUGGAAUGAGCUAUUUGUAAAUGUAAACAAUGAUGAAAAUGAACGCAGCAAUUACAUUCCUUUCCAUUCAUAACGAAAACAAUAUUAUGUCGGUUCUAGUGAAAUGAUAUUCUGUUUCAUUUCAAUUACGGAAAAAGUAUUAUGACACAAAUAGUCAUAAAAAAAAAUCAAUAAAACAAUUAAGGUAAUGCAUUAUGAGCGGUAAUUUGUAUGAACCGAAGUACAUUCAUUUAAUUGUACUGCUCAUGGACAAUCAUGACCAUUAUAUGCUUUUGUUGAGUGUGUUAUGGAGUUUGUGAUAUGUAUGGUGUAUGAUUCAUAGGUGAAUAACCAUUUGAUGAAGCCAGAAGAAUUGAAACAUACGAAGCAAUAGUAAUCAUAGUAAUGACAUAUGUAAAACAGGUUGUUCAAUACAAAUGCACAGAACUUAUAAGCCUGGAAAUGACGCGUGGUAAUUCGAUCCACGAUAAAAAUUUGCCGAUAAACGAUUUAGGUUGAUAUAAUUUCGAUUCACGUGUAGAAAUAACUGCUAUUUGCCAAUGAAAAAAGAUUGUCGUCUGUCUCCAUUGAAUUUUUUCUCUGCAAAGCUAUUUCCUUCGGAAAAGAGUGAAACAAACUCAAAGACAAAUGUA